AAACUAUCAAUUUGCGCUUUUCCUAGGCUUUCGUCGGUUCCUAACCUGGGCUCGUAAGAUGCAAACUGGCAAUGCUUCAGGCCUGUGGAGAGGAAGAUACGAGUUUUCCAAUCCCGGAACGCAAUUGUCCUUGCCAAACUCCUCGUCUCCCCUCAGCCGAGCUUAUUCUUCUUACCAAGGAGUGUAUAAUGGAUCCCUCUAGAACCAUGAGGGUAGUUACUAUCUGGCUCAGUCCCAGCCACGGCCAGCACCCCAUAGCCUGUCGCCCUAUGUACAAUAUGUAGAGACUUUACCCGAUCAUCGAGACUUUGGAAGCUCUACGAGAAUGCCGAUGACGCCUCCGUUGAACAUGCCACAGAACAAUCUCGGCACUAUUCACGACCCAAGUGAAGCCAGUGUGAUUGCACUUGCGAAGGAUGUCGGCACAGCAGAACCUUUGCAUGUGACUCAGAUACAGUGGGAAGAGAACAAAGCGGAGAUCAAACGAAUCUAUCUCGACAAGGACAGGUCCUCGAGUGAGACCAUGAAGCACAUGGAAAGCUUGGGAUUCGUGGCCUCGUCGAAGCUUUAUAAAGAGAAACUGAAGGAAUGGAAUUUCCUGAAGAAUCUCUCAGGCGAGACAGCAUAUUGGUUGCUGAACCAUGCCCAAGAGCGAAAAUUGGCAGGCAAAGGCACACACUAUAAGUUUGCUCCAGCCGAGAUAACAUAUGUAACACCAUCAGCAUAUGCCGCGUCACCCUUCGACGCAUCGUCCGCUACUCCAGCUACGCCUUCGGAUAUGAACAAGGAAAACGGUAGGGAAGAAGAAUUGUGGUAUCCUAGGUUCACGUAUGAUGGAAAUUCGAAAAGCUACUAUGACGAUCUGGUAUCGAAGGCUGGGCAACUUUUAAGGUUAGGUCAACAUACUGAAGCCUUGGAGAAUUAUCUAGACGCACUGGCUGGCUAUCGAAAUCUGUUAUCGCCAACGAAUGACCUGGUCACCUCUUUGGUCUACAAAGUCGCCCAGCUGUACAUGCACUUGCAGGACACGAAGAUAGCCGAUAGAAUUCUAGAAUCAGCAACUGAAGCUCACGUGCGUGAGCACGGCCUUUGGGAUGAAAGGAAAGUACAGCACAUUAGCCAACUCAUCAAGAUGCUACAAGGCUGGGCUCGCCAGAACGAAGCACUGCCGCUUGUUCUGAAUCUGCUUCAACGCCAGAAACAUGAAUCUUACUCAAAUUUGCCUUCGUCUUCGUCUACUAUCUCUGCCAACUUCGACACAGCAGAGAUCCGGCGUCACUUAGCCAUGGCAGAAAUGAUCGCUUCAGUCAUGGACGAGACUACCAAAGCAGGAUUGGUCGCAAUAGCGCAACGUUGCGAAGCCCAGCCUUUGGACUUCCCACAGCAAACACUUGAUGUUUGGGUCGCACUAAUUCGCACCUACAAGGACGCAGGGGACGUUCACCAUGUACAAGACGCCUUGAGUCGUGCGGCCGUCUCUUUCCGCACGCUCAAUGACCUGGAAGAUGAAGCUUGGACGAUCCCCUUGUUCUCGUCUCUACCAUCCCUUAUGGAAGUAUUCAUCGGGUACGGCAAGCACGAAUUCGUCGAUGGUGUGCUCCUUGCUGUGGAGGAGCGAGCAGAGUAUACACUCUACAACGGCCCUGACAGCAUGAUUGAUCUUUUUCUCCGUAUGGGUAUGCUUUACCAACGAGAGGAUAUGUGGGAAGAAGUAGAUCAUUAUUUUCAGUACGCGCAAGCAGCAAGUGCAAAUGCUUCUGGGCGUAUGAAUACAUGGACAACGACUAUCGAGGACGCUCGGCGGCAGCAGCAUUACGAGCCAAAACUGUUAUCAGUACGGCGGGUAUGA